AGACGGGACCAGACUCAGUGUGGGGUAGACUGGCGUCUGUCUCCGUCUCGUGCUGGUUGCGGAGUGGUUGCGCUGAUACGACUCAAUAGACGAGGUUUUGGCCGUGUUCAAGACGAUAAAUGUCCCUCUGUGGUCUACUUACCAAAUCGAGGCCGUCAGUUAUCAGCAAAGUCUGGGACUCGCUCCGCGUCUGCAGUGCCGCCGGGAAACUCAGGACUCUGACGCGAGCACCACUACGGCCGUAUUACGCAGCUGACUCCUCCAAGAUGGCGCCCAACGACCGUACCAAGGUGAUCGAUCUACGGAGCGACACUGUCACCAGGCCCUCUGCGGAGAUGUACCGGGCGAUGGUGGAGGCUUCCGUAGGAGACGACGUUUUUGGUGAUGAUCCCACCGUCAAUGAACUGGAGCAAUUGGCCUGUGGUGAAAUGGGAUUUGAAGCUGCUAUCUACGUGCCCAGCGGCACUAUGGCCAAUUUAAUCGCAAUUAUGGUGCACUGUCCCAGAGGUGGCGAAAUUAUCAUUGGGGAUAAGUCCCAUAUAAACCUAUACGAGCAGGGAGGAUCAGCAUCCAUCGCAGGGGUUCACGGUUGGACUCUUCCUAACAACGCGGAUGGCACCAUUGCUAUUGAGAAGCUGAGGUCUGCCGUCCGCGCGGACGACGUUCAUUAUCCUGUAACCAGUCUAAUUUGCCUGGAAAACACGCACAACGCCUGCGGCGGAAAAGUUCUUCCGCUGGAAUACCUGGACCAGGUCGUUUCUCUGUCGAGAGAGAUAGGGAUUCCUCUGCACAUGGACGGAGCACGACUAGCCAACGCAGCCAUCUACUGCAGGCUCGUCGCUGCAGGAAGGUCCUGGGGGGUGGGUGGCGUCAGGCUGGCGUGCUAGCCGCCGCGGGCAUCGUCGCACUGCGAAGAAUGGAUGAGCUGGCGGUGGAUUUUAAACACGCGAGAAUUAUCGCGGAAGGUGAG